AGUAGAGAGCGCGCUACUCCGCGCGACACUGAACAAACUAAGAAAAAAAUGAUUCUGUGAAUGAGUGGUCCUUUUUAAUGGCUUUCUUUAACGUUUUUAAUUAUUUUAUGUUUUAAUUGAACCGCUGCCGAGUGAUAAAGUAUAAAACACAGGCUGGGUAAAGAUGAGCGCUGAAGCCGCGGACCGAGAGGCUGUGACUGGUAGCCGGCCCAACACUCCACCACAGACCUCCUGGUUCGAGUUUCUCCUGGAUCCCUCCUUAUUAGAACACCAUUUGCAGAAAGUCAACCCAGACCCCUCUCCGGUGCAGCUAGUCAUCCAGUUCCUGGAACAAGCCUCCAAGCCUUCUGUAAAUGAACAGAACCUAGUCCAGCCACCUGCAGAUAAUCGGCGAAACCGCACCCUAAAGCUUCUCGCUCUUAAGGUGGCAGCACAUCUCAGAUGGGACCUGGAUGUGCUGGAGAAAGGGUUGACCAUUCCGGUUCUGAACAUGUUACUGAAUGAGCUGCUGUGUGCCAGUAAAGUCCCUCCUGGAGUAAAACAUGUGGAUUUGGAUUUGUCCACUCUGCCUCCCACUACUGCCAUGGCUGUUUUAAUCUACAACCGAUGGGCCAUUCGUACUAUAGUACUGAGCAGCUUUCCUGAGAAACAAUCCAAACCUGGACCCCAUCAGCUUAACAUGAUGAGUCUGGUGCAGCAGGAGAAGGAACUGACCGACAAUAUUCUCAGUGUGCUGAAGGAGCAGGCCACAGACUCCAUCAUGGUGCUUGAGGCAGCUCUGAACAUUAAGAAGGACUUUUACAUCCACACGCUGCGUACCCUGGACCUGCUGGCUGCUGAUCCCAGUACAGCCAAUGGAGAGACGGAGUCCUCCACAGCCGGCCUCAGGAUUAGUGCUGACGAGCUCCACUUUCAGGUUCAUUAUGAUUUAGGAGGAAUUAACUUUCAGCAGGGCUGUUCUGACCCUUCAGCCUACGAGAAAGCUCGGGAGCACUUCCGCAGAACAAGGGAACUACUAGCAAAACUCAGCCCGAACCCAUUACACUGCCACCUGGACGAGAAGCGUCUGGCUGGCUACUGGAGCGCGUGCAGAGCCGUGACCGGGACAUCAGACCCCAGUGAUAGUCAGCUCACACCUUACGGCCUCAUCAACAACUUAAUCAAGACCCACAACUACCAGGGAUUGAUUGAUGCCUUCAUUAAAGAUAACAUCACACACAGCCUGCCGAACAGCUUCAGACACUCAGUUCAGCUGGAGCUGCUGCACAGGGUUCAGCAAGGGGACAAGGCUCUAGAGGAGGUUUGCCACAAGCUGUGUGUGUGUAACGCUGUGCGGGACGCCCUCGAGGGUCAGGUGCUCGGCGUUCGUUUCCAGCAGCUUCUCCUCAAACCCAGCAAACGCACCAUCAGCUUCCUUCUGGAGGUGUGUACAAAGUCUUUAGAUAAGGAGCACACUUCAGAGGUCUCCAAAAGAAAAAUGGCACUCUUCCUCAAGAACCUUUGUGAGAGGCUGGAGGAAGUUCCCCUGGCCUACAUGGUGUCUUCCCACAAGCUCUUCAUGGAGCUGCUUCCAGACGAGGAGAAGAAGGUCCUGCUGGACCAGAUGAGGAAAAGAUCAGCUACAGUAAACCUCAGCGCCAAGCCCCUCCCAUCCUUCUACGACAUCCCAGCCUCAGCUAGUGUGAAUAUCGGACACCUGGAGCAGCAGCUUAUUCUCUCACUGGAUGCACGACAGAUCAGACAGAUCCUGAUUGAGCUCCAUGGCAUGGCUGAGCGGCCCUUCUGGAGGGUCAACAGCAAGUGGGAGGUCCCAUCAGACUACCUGAAAGUCAUACUUGCCAUUAAGGACAACCUCACUCGGGAUCUUGUGUACAUCCUAAUGGCUAAAGGUCUUCACUGUGUUCAAAUAAAGGACUUUGUGCACGCUCGUCAGCUGUUCUCGGCCUGUCUGGAGCUGGUGACGGAGUUCUCUCCGAAGCUGCGGCAGGUCAUGCUGAACGAGAUGCUGCUGCUGGACGUGCGAGCGCACGAGGCCGGGGCCACGGAGGGAAACGUAGAGAGACCCCCCUCUGACCUGGUCAGCAGAGUCCGCGGCUACCUGGAGAUGAGAAUCCACGACAUCCCGCUCAGGCAGGUUGUUGGGGAGGAGUGUGUGGCGUUCAUGUUAAACUGGAGAGAGAAUGAGUACCUCACAUUGCAGGUGCCCUCAACACUGGUGAAUAACAACCCGUACAUCAAGCUGGGGCAGUUAUUAGCGGCCACCUGUAAGGAGCUCCCCGGACCGAAGGAGAGCCGGAGAACAGCUAAAGAGCUGUGGGAGGCGGUGGUGCAGAUCUGCUCCGUGUCCAGCCAGCACAAACGGAGCAGCGACGGCCGGGUCAGCCUCAUCAAACAGAGAGAUUCCUCACUCGGCAUCAUGCCCAGGAGUAAAUUCAUUACAUUUGUUAAAAAACUGAGGGAGCCUUUGGUGCUGACGACUUUCAUUUCUCUGUUUGUGAGACUGCACAGUAUCGUCCGGGACGACAUUGUAAAUGAAGUAACUGCAGAACAUCUGUCCAUAUGGCCUUCCUCCCUGGCGAAUAUCCAGUCUGUUGAUGUGGAGGCUGUUGCAGUAACUGUGAAGGAGCUGGUGACCUACGCACUGACCCUCAACCCCAACAACCAGUCCUGGCUCAUCACCCAAGCCGACAUAUACUUCGUGACCAAUCAGUACUCUGCUGCCAUGCAUUAUUACCUGCAGGCAGGUACAGUGUGCUCAGAUUACUUCACUAAGCCCGUACCUCCGGACGUCUACACCGACCAGGUCCUGAAGAGAAUGAUCAAGUGCUGCUCUUUACUCAACUGUCAUACGCAGGUUGCUGUUCUUUGCCAGUUCCUGAGGGAGGUGGACUAUAUGACUGCGUUUAAAGCUCUUCAGGAACAGACCAGUCACGACUCUAUGGAUUCCUUCUAUGACUACAUCUGGGACGUGACCAUUCUGGAGUAUUUGACUCACAUUCAUCACAAGCGUGGGGAGAUUGAUAAGCGGCAGGUCGCUAUUAAGGCUAUCGGACAGAGCGAGCUGAACUCCAGUAAUCCUGAAGAGGUCCUGCAGCUCGCCGCCCAGAAGAGAAAGAAGAAAUUCCUACAGGCCAUGGCCAAACUCUACUUCUGAAGCAAACUCCCACUUACAAAAUUAAUAUGUACAUUUUUUAUUUUUUUGUUUAAAACCCCAAAAUAAAUACAUUCAGUAA